AUGGGGAGCGGCGCCUCCCGUCUCAUCCGCGUGCCGUGCCUGAGGCCCGCCGGUGCCCGCGAGGAGAGACCGCCGGAAUUCUCGGGGCCGCUGGACGAGGCCCUAGGCCACUCUUUCUGCUACGUCCGCUCCGCCACGCCCGCCCACUCCCGCUCCUCCUCCGCCUCGUCCUCCGCUGGCGCAGCCGGCAACGCCGCCGCCGAGACCGCCUUCAAGACCAUCUCCGGCGCCUCCGUCUCUGCCAACUCCUCCGCCCCCCUCCCGGUCUAUGACGCCGUCGCCGUCCGGUCACAGGCCGCCGGCUUCCGGAGCUCUGGAUCCUUCUCCGCCAUCCCCCUCCAGCUCUCCGGCGGCGGCGGGGGGCCCGCGUCGGGGCCGCUCGAUCGGGGUUUCUUCCUCUCCGGGCCGAUCGAGCGGCGGGCGCUCUCGGGCCCGCUCGAUGCCGUGCCUUUCUCCGGCCCGCUCGUGAAGAAGAAGAGCCGGGGUAUCUCGAGGAGGCUCCGGAAGCCAUCCCUCUUCCGGCGGAGCCUCUCGGAGAAAAACCGCCGCCCCUGGGUGGUCCCCCUCCGGAACUUCACCGCCCGACGGAGCGAACCCGGCGACGCGCCCCCUCCGGCCGCCACUGCCGGGGGGAAUGUCCAGUGGGCCCACGGGAAGGCCGGGGAGGAUCGGGUCCACGUGGUCGUGUCGGAGGAGCACCGGUGGCUCUUCGUCGGGAUCUACGACGGCUUCAACGGGCCCGAAGCCCCUGAAUUCCUUGUGGGCAACCUCUACCGCUCGGUUUUCGACGAGCUCCGGGGGCUAUUCUGGGAGGAAGUGGAAGAGAAAGAGGAGGCGGUCUCAGAAGAGGGGGCUGAUAGAAAGGUCACCUCUCAGGAGGAUUCCAAAGCUGGGAGGCGCCUUUGGGAAUUACUGGCAGAAGCCGAAGGGGAUGGGGAUGGGGAACUGGACUUCUCCGGCUCGGGACGGUUCGCGUUCUCUCUGUCCAGGCUGAGGGAUGGAUUUGGGAGCUUGCGGUGGUUUCCAAGGUGGAGGUAUGAAUCAGAGGAGAAGCCGAAAGGGACUCGAGAAAGAGAUGUCACCGAGCGUGGUAGCCGCAGACGGAGGAAGGCCGGGCCCGUGGCUGAUCAUGAUUUGGUGCUGAGGGCUCUUUCGCGGGCGUUGCAAGUCACGGAGCUGGCUUUCUUGGAGAUGACGGAUAGGGCCAUGGACUGCAACCCCGAGCUGGCGCUGAUGGGCUCGUGCCUGCUGGUGUUGCUGAUGAGGGAUGACGAUGUGUAUGUGAUGAAUGUAGGAGAUAGCCGUGCAAUUGUGGCUCAGUAUAGGCCUCAAGGAACAGAGGGGACGAGGGAUGAGGAGGGCAUUGCUACCGGACAGGAUCAAGUGGUUGAAGGGAGUGAGAUGGAUGUGGAGAUUGAGACACUGGGUCGAGAAGCCACAGAGUUGGUGGCAUUGCAGCUUUCCACUGAUCACAGUACGAGCAUUGAGGAAGAAGUCCUCAGGAUAAAGAAAGAACAUCCAGAAGACAAUCACUGUAUUGUCAAUGACAGAGUGAAGGGGCGUCUCAAGGUCACACGAGCGUUUGGGGCUGGAUAUCUCAAACAGGCUAAGUGGAAUGAUGGAUUACUAGAGAUGUUCCGGAAUGAGUUCAUUGGAAAUGAACCAUACAUAAGUUGUACGCCUUCGCUUUGUCACCAUAAACUGGGCUCAAGUGACCAAUUUCUAGUCCUCUCUUCCGAUGGCCUGUAUCAGUAUCUGAGCAAUGAGGAAGUGGUUUUGCAUGUUGAAAAUUUCAUGGAGAGGUUCCCAGAUGGAGACCCUGCACAAAGUUUAAUCGAGGAGCUUCUUUUUCGUGCUGCAAAGAAAGCUGGUAUGGACUUCUAUGAACUCUUGGACAUACCACAAGGAGACCGCCGAAAGUACCAUGAUGAUGUUACAGUUAUGGUCAUAUCUCUUGAAGGAAGAAUAUGGAAGUCCUCAGGAAAAUAUGUGUGACAUGCCAAGAGCUAGAUGCACUUUGUUUUCUACCAUAUACAACUUCCAGUAGCAUAUUGCUGAUUCAGAUCUCGAAAUGGUAAAGAAGCCAAGGGUCCUUCUGAUCGUAAGGCAUGAUCUAUCAGUGAACCAUUUUCCAAGGGUUCUGGAAGUCAUCUAUUCAGGCGAAGGCUCCAACAGACAGAUCAAAUGCAGGUAAACCAGCAUGGCUUUUGGGUUCAUGCUGGUUGAUGUUGCCAAUCAAUCUGGAGGGAAAUUGGCUUGCAGUGUAAAAGAUGAACAUACCUAGGGACAGUGCAUAAGAGAAGUUUAUUCUUGUUUAUGGGAAUGCUCGGCAGCAACCAUUCUCCUGCUGCAUUGCUUUGCCCCCCCCUUUUUUGCUGCUUUUAGGUGAAAAUGUUUUUUUCAGUGUGGGAAAUAUUUUUACAGGUGUACGACACUCCCUUUUGUUACAUGUGAUUCCCUGUAAUCUGUUGGACAUGUUCCAUCAAAAGCAGAUUUAAUAGACCAGAAAUUCUUUUGCCAGUA